AUGUUGCAGUUUAACAUGCGGCGAGAGCUUCCCUUCCUAAAACAUAAAGACAGAGAGAGGGAAGCUCCAAAUGUCCUCCCACAGCCCGGCAAGGGGAAAGAUAAUGCCAGCAUGCAGAGUGGCUUUUCCGCAACCACUCCAUCGAACUCCCAGUCCGUACUGCUCCUGGCACCCGAGGGGAAUUAUAACUAUUAUGUGGAUGAUGAAGACGAGGAAGAGGAAGAGAAAGAACAGGGAAAAUGGCCAAGUGGAGACACAACUGAGGGAGAAAACAAGCCCUUGUCAUUCAUUCCUUGUGCCCCCAAACUUUCCUACAGAGCUCCAGCCACGUCUUCCACUUCAUCUGUGCUGAAUAUCAAUGUUGGCGGCCAAAGCUACCGUCUCACCUACCAGGCAGUGGCCAUCUAUCCUAAGACCCGCCUGGGCCGCUUGGCUACCUCCACUGACCGUCGCUGCCAGCUGGGCCUGUGCGAUGACUACGCUGCCCAGGUAGAUGAGUAUUUCUUUGACCGGGACCCAGCCGUCUUCCAGCUGGUGUACAACUUCUACGCAUCGGGGGUGCUGCGCGUUCGGGAUGAGCUGUGUCCCCGUAGCUUCCUGGAGGAACUGAGCUACUGGGGUGUGCGGCUCAAAUACACACCUCGCUGUUGCCGCAUCUGCUUUGAGGAGCGCCGCGACGAGCUGACCGAACAGCUGAAGGUCCAACGCGAGCUGCGCUCCCAGGCAGAGGCUCAGGAGAACGAGCAGCUCUUCCAUCACAUGCGCUACUAUGGUCCCCAGCGUUGGCGUCUCUGGAACCUCAUGGAGAAGCCCUUUUCCUCUGUCACCGCUAAGGUGAUGGCAGUGGCGUCCAGCUUCUUCGUGCUCAUCUCUGUGGUGGCCCUGGCCCUCAACACAGUGGAGGAGAUGCAGCAGGUAGACCGGAAGAGUGGGGAGAGCCGGCCUGUCUUGGAGCACAUUGAGACCCUGUGCAUCGCGUUCUUCACACUGGAGUACCUGCUGCGCUUGGUGUCUACCCCAGACCUGCGCCGCUUUGCCAGCAGCGCCCUCAAUGCGGUAGACCUCAUUGCCAUCCUGCCCCUCUACCUGCAGCUGCUACUUGAAUGCUUUGCUGAUGAUGACCAGCCCCGAGGUCGGGGCUCUCAGCAUGAACAUGAUAUUGAAAAGGUGGGAAGGGUGGGCAAGGUGGGACAAGUGCUUCGCAUCAUGCGCCUCAUGCGCAUCUUCCGCAUCCUCAAGCUGGCCCGCCACUCCACAGGGCUGCGUGCCUUCGGCUUUACCUUGCGACAGUGCUACCAGCAGGUGGGCUGCCUUUUGCUCUUCAUUGCCAUGGGCAUCUUUGCCUUCUCUGCCAUGGUCUACACAGUGGAGCACGACGUCUCCAGUACCAACUUCACCAGCAUCCCCCAUGCUUGGUGGUGGGCUGCCGUCAGCAUCUCUACAGUGGGAUAUGGAGAUAUGUGUCCAGAAACUCACCUUGGACGCCUGUUUGCUUUCCUCUGCAUUGCGUUUGGAAUAAUCCUGAAUGGCAUGCCCAUCUCCAUUCUCUACAACAAAUUCUCAGACUAUUACAGCAAGCUGAAGGCCUAUGAGUACACUGCUCUCAAGAAAGAAAGGGGGAAGGUGGACUUCACACGGAGGGCCAUGAAGAAAAUAUCUGAAUGCUGUGGAGAAGGUGCAACCCACCCGUUGUCAUAG